AUGGUAUCUGUGCAGACAGAUCAAGGGGUGGUGGAGGGAGUGGAUGAAAUUAAAGGGGUGGUGAGAGAUCAUUUUGAAGCAAAAUUUAAGAAACAGAAUACUGCUAGGCCGACUUUAAAUGGAAUUGACUCUAAGAAAUUAUCCGAAGAGGAAAGCAGCAGGUUGGAAGAAAAUUUUACUAGGGAGGAGAUUAAGAAUGUGGUAUGGAGUUGUCAAGGUGAUGAUGUGGUUCAAUGUGUCCUAGACUUUCACUCGAAAGCUUCUCUACCUAAAGCAAUGCCAGCUUCAUUCAUUGCGCUGAUACCGAAAGUGGAGUUCCCUCUUAAGAUGGAUGAAUAUAGACCUAUAUGUCAUAUAGGAGAAGUGUAUAAGAUAAUCUCGAAAAUGCUGGCUGCAAGAUUGGCAAAGGUAAUUGAAAAACUGAUCUCAAAGACACAAACUGCUUUCAUCCCCGAGAGACAGAUUCUAGAUGGAAUUCUGGUUACAAAUGAAAUCAUUGACUAUGCAAAAAGAAAGAAGAAGUAA